AGAUGGCGUUACCCCACAGUGAACCCCACACACCAGGAAAUUAGUGGACUGGCACUACUUUCAGACGACACCUCGCCUCAAAAUAUAACCUCAACCUCCUUCACUUCAACCUUCAACAUCAUCUUCCUAACGCACUUCUUACAACUUUUUACAUAUCACAAUGGCGUCCGACAAAGCAACCCAACUCCCAUUUUCGGCCCCCACACUCUUCACCUCUGCAACAGACGCGCGCAUCACCCGCCUCAGCCGCGUCCUCUCCACCUCCGGCGGCGUCGAUGCAACACUCACGCUGGUAGGCUACGGCCUCUUCUUCGUCUCCUCGCAAAUUACAGCCCUCGACAAGCUGCAAAUGACAUCCCUGCUCCACCCCGGCGGCUCCAAAAAUGGUUCUACCAGUCUCGUCAAGCUUGAAGAGCUAGGCGCAAGCGCCAAGACACUGGCGGGGAUGUGCUCUGAUUUCCGGACCUUCACAAGACUUUGGGGAUUUCUAGGGGUCUACGCGAUGGCGAAGAAGAAUUAUGUUAAACCGGAGACAGAUGUGGUGUUGAGGGCUGUCAGUUACGGACAGACGUUGUCGCUAGGCGCGUAUUAUGUUUAUGAGAAUGGGUAUUAUCUUGCUGGGAAGGGUGUCUUGAGGGGCUGGACACCGGAGAAGAUUAAACGGUGGGCGAAGACGAGCCUGAGGAUGUUUUUGGCGUAUGUUUUGUUGGAGUUUGUGAGGUUGUACCGCGCGAGGCAGUUGAGGGAGCUGAGGAAGGUGAAGGCUGUUGAUGAGAAGGAUAUGGUGGAGUUUAAGAGGGAGGAGAAGACGUGGCUGAGAGGGGCGAUUAUGAAUACUGCCUAUGCCCCGCUUGGUGUGCAUUGGGCGAGUGAGAAUCCAGCGUUGAGUGAUGGUGUUGUUGGGGCGCUGAUGUCGGUGGUGGGGUUGAUUAAAAUUAGAGCUGCUUGGGCGCUGGCUGCGUAGAUGAGAACUCUGAGAACGGGAAACGAAGUUGCUGUAAGAUUAAGAAGGUAUGAACUUUACAGGUUUAUAUAGCUUUGUGCAAUUUGGAAUAGGCAU